UGAUAGUGGCAGGGGAUCACGUGAGGCGCCGGCGCCGCCAUCAUCAGGAUGGCGUCGUUCCCGGAGCUGUACUUUAACGUGGAUAACGGGUACCUGGAGGGGCUGGUGCGCGGCUUUAAGGCGGGGGUGCUGCGGCAGGGCGACUACGUGAACCUGGUGCAGUGCGAGAGCCUCGAGGACUUGAAACUGCACCUCCAGAGCACAGACUAUGGGAACUUUCUGGCCAAUGAAGCCUCCCCGCUCACCGUAUCUGUCAUAGAUGACAAGCUGAAGGAGAAGAUGGUGGUGGAGUUCCGUCACAUGAGGAACCAUGCAUAUGAGCCCCUAGCAAGUUUUCUGGACUUCAUCACGUACAGCUACAUGAUUGACAACGUCAUUCUGCUGAUCACUGGUACUCUGCACCAGCGUUCAAUCUCCGAACUGGUGCCCAAGUGCCAUCCUCUGGGAAGUUUCGAGCAGAUGGAAGCCGUGAACAUUGCUCAGACGCCUGCAGAGCUCUACAAUGCAAUCCUGGUAGACACUCCCCUGGCUGCUUUCUUCCAAGACUGCAUAUCUGAACAGGACCUGGAUGAAAUGAACAUCGAAAUAAUUCGAAACACACUGUAUAAGGCUUACCUGGAGUCUUUCUACAAGUUCUGCAAGGUGCUGGGAGGUACCACAGCGGAUGCCAUGUGCCCGAUCCUGGAGUUUGAAGCUGACAGGAGGGCCUUCAUUAUCACCAUUAACUCAUUUGGUACUGAGCUGUCCAAGGAGGACCGAGCAAAGCUGUUUCCACACUGUGGCAAGCUCUACCCUGAGGGCCUGGCUCAACUGGCCAGAGCGGAUGACUAUGAACAAGUCAAAAAUGUUGCUGACUACUACCCGGAGUACAAGCUGCUGUUCGAAGGGGCUGGCAGCAACCCUGGAGACAAGACGCUUGAAGACAGGUUCUUUGAGCAUGAGGUGAAGCUAAACAAGCUGGCCUUCCUCAACCAGUUCCACUUUGGAGUCUUCUAUGCCUUUGUGAAGCUGAAGGAGCAGGAGUGCCGCAACAUUGUAUGGAUUGCAGAGUGCAUCGCCCAGCGGCACAGGACCAAGAUUGACAAUUACAUUCCCAUCUUCUAACCCUGCUCUACUCCUGUCCGACCCUCCUGCCUCUGGAGUCCAGAGGGAUCCCUGUCUAACUCCGAGUUAUCCCUUGCCCAGACUCCACGGGUGUCCUAUCUGUGGAACUGGCUCAGAUGAGGAAACUGUACAGUUGCUAGUUAAAUUAUUCACAAGCUGAAGCUUGAGUUGUGUGUGCUGUGAGGGGUCCGGAGGGACCAGUGAUGCAGGCUUGGCCCUGUGUCGCAGGAGGAGCACCUCCGGUGGUGUAUCCAAUAGUCCCCAUGUUACUGUGCUCAUCUGCUGUAUGCGCUUAUGCUUGCAGAGCAAGCACCAGCUGGGGGGUUACUGCCUCCAAAGGGUUCCCACAGCUGCAGAGGAACACAUCAGGCCUGCUGCGGCUGGGCAUCCUCUGUCAGUGCUCUGCACACCUCCUAGUCAGCAUUGUUCGUGUGAGGUUUAGUUCGCGUGUGAUUAUGUAGCGUAGCCUGUGCCACUGUGCAGUCCCUGCAUCCCCCUGUAGCUGGCCUGGACCUGGGAGAGACGGAGCAGCGGUGACCAGGACUGAGAUGGACCCUGUGAGAACAUGAGGGCACAGACAGCACUUGUGGAGCAUGCUGCUCCCAUCUCCAGCAGCUUUUGCACUUGUGCAGCCUUUCCCUGUCCUCAGAAACUGCUCUUGUCAGUCUCCCCCCUGCCCUGCAGCUUGAAAGGGUUCCAUAAGCUGGUUGAGCUCCUUCCUCCCCUGAAGCCCUAUGGCUUGGAGUUUGCUGUCAAACCCACACUAAUUGGGGCUCCUUUUGGCUCUGUGGAUCAUGCUGGACCCCUGCUCCACCCCAGGGCAGACACCCAGGCUGGCACUGCCCUGGAGCUGUAUGGGCACAGCUGGCGCUGGGGCAGAGCAGCCCUUGGGGCUGGCUCUGCUUGGUUGCCCCGAUGAGUGCAGAGGACAGCUGGGGCAGUGAUGUCCCACGCCCUGCCCUCUGUGGUUAGGGAGUGGCAGCCCUGCUCUGUGCUGCUCAUGUCCUACUUGAGGCUGGGGAGGUGUUCUGGGGUGGUACAGCAGAGGAGAAUCCUUGCUGGUGGGAAACGUGCUUGGUGCUGCUGCUGGGAGGGAUCGAUGGAGAGCAGCUCUGUCCCAGCUUGUGCUCUGUUCACCUCUGCAGUGUUUGUUAUCCUGUAAUCCCCUCUACACCAAUAAAUAUCUGCCUACUGCA